GACUUUUCAGCAAACAUGACGCGACUCGCAUUAGAACAAGUGACUGAUUUCGGUGAUUUCACGAAAGGAAAGGAUCUAAAAGAGUUUUUCAAGCAGGCAUACUCCAACAUCUCAUCUCAAAACUGCCUGUCCGAUGUGCGUCUGAGUCCAGAUGGACGUCACAUUCAUGUCAUUGUGCGUCAGCCCAAGAGUGGUCUUAUGACACAUGACAAAUAUCAGCGACUUCAUCUCAUGCAAUGCCAGAAGCACAAUGAUUUAGUGCUAUCUGGAAAUGCGCCUGUAGUGGAUGUCAUUUAUAUCCCUCAAAGCAAACCAGAAGACGGAGCCUCUGUGCUUGGAGUAAUAUUUGAGAAUGGAAGAGUGGAAUUCUGGAAAUUCCUAGAGUGCAGAUCAGGCUGGCAUUUACUCCAGACUGUGGAUCUGUGUAACAGCCCUCGUGCUAAAGUCAGUUCUGUGUGCAUGUGUCAGAAUUUCAUUAUAUGGUGUGAGGAGCGACCACCAUCUGAGAACUCCAAUAGUGUAUGCAGCAACUUCAGGUUCUGCAUCUGCAAAAAGACUAUAGAAGUUAAUGAGGGAGGUGUCAAUUUAGGAAACGUGAAAAUUGCAUUGCACAAUAAUCCUCGAUACGCAACCGUCAGUUCUGGGGAUUUGGUCUAUCUGCUCCCAGACAUGAGGGAAAACUCUUCCAUGGGUGUUUUGAAAGUGUUUCUUGCAUGGUCUCCUGAACACGAUACCUUUAAAGUGCAUAGUGCCUGUAGUUGCACACUUAUGAAAAGCUCAAGCAAGGAAUCUGACUUCAAGAGACUUGUUACAGACUGCAUUGGCCUUCUAGCCACCAUAAAUCCUCCUGAUAUCUGUGGAUUCUCUCCCACUGGAUGUGGAGACCUCCUUCUCCUUCUUAGCACUGGUUGGGUAUGCAUUAUGAAGAGGGAUGGCAGUCUUCACCACAUAUACAAACUUCCUGAUAAUUGCCUAAGUGCUAGUGGGACCCAAAAUAGCCUGAAAAUAUAUAACGAAAUCCUGGCACUAACAAUAGGCAGGACCCUCUUCUUAAUCGACACCAAAUGUGGUCUGGAAUUAGAAAGAAUAAGUAUGAAAACAGAAGGUCUUCUCUUCAUAAACACUUUGGACAGUCACUCUCCACUAAUGCUGUCAGAAACCGGGCUGUUUGUGGUCACGCAAAAACCGAAGCCUUCUCCAACACUUUCAGAAGACUCGAGUGCACUCUUAGUUGAGGCUGUCUUUGAGGAGGCAUGCAAAUACUAUCAGCAAAGAAGUCUAAGUAGCACACAGCUCACGGUGGAGAAGCUCAAAAAAGGUGGGAUGUUUCAAGCGCCCAUAUCGCUGGCCGCCAUCCUCAGGGAUUACCUCCGCAACCAGAAGAUCAAAACUGGUGAGAAACAUUCCACAGGUCAAGAAAGGCUCAUGAGCUCACUCGAAUCAGAGCUUAGGAGUCUCGUUUUGUUGGAGGACAUCAAAACAUCAGUGGUGAAGGCUUCGGAGAAAGAUCUAGAGAACUAUUGUGAAAGCUUGGUGCAGCAGGAGAUCUGCCGGCUGCUUAGCGGUGAGCUAGAGAGGGAGAAUCUUCAAUAUCUAAACAGCAUCUUCCAUCUCUUUCCCACUUACUCCUGGCAUGCCAUGCAAGCGGUUCUGCAUCUGAGGUGCAACGGUGAGGGUUUGUUGUUGUCUAAAGCUCCUGCUGAGUUAUGGAAAAUCAUCCUCAGCCCUGUGCAACCCACAGCAAACUUUGCUCACUGCAAUGGUCAGCAGAAACUCACUACGGUGCCUGUUUUUGAGCUCUUGUGCCAAUCUAUCUUCAAAUUCCAGCCCAGCUGGCUCCCCAGAUUUCUCGAACUGGCACAACAACAAUCAGGCGGGUCCUCCAAGUCUCCGUGGGGUUACAGCAUGAAGGAGAGCUCUGAGAGCUUGCCGCUCUAUAAACGGGCCUUGACUGUGCUCCCUUGCAAAGGGACCUACCAACACCUGGAAGUGGAGCUGCUUUUGUGCAGCGAGCGGCCUAAAGCGAUAAUGCAAGCGUUGCGGAUUCUCAUCAAGCAAGGCCAGUGGGAACGGGUUGCGCAAGUAGCUGAGAGGUUCUGCCGGCAGAGCCCGCUUCUGAACAAAGAGAUUUUCAUUGCUCUGCUGUGCGAAGUGUCCCAACAUAGAGACUUGGACCCCUAUUUGGACCUGCUAUGGACUCUUUGUCCAGAGGACAUGACUGUGACGAGCAUACUUAAUAUUGUAUUGAAAAACCUGCCUGAUUCAAUGCAGAACUCUGGUCCUUUCGAGGCUCAUGGCAGCCAGGUCACCAUCGGGCUUUUGAAACCGCUGCUCAGAAAAGUUCUCCAAAGGGAGACCAAACCGAGCCAAAGGUACGCAGAUAUCCUUCAGUCACCCACAGUUCCUCCGCUCACUCCUCCACGCCAGCCAAAGGGACUUUUCAGAGAUGCUGACCUAGAUGCUGAGCAGCAGGAAACCAAGCAGAGGACUUCCUCUGGAUCUCAAGUGACAUCUCAAACCAAGCUGGUCUGACUUUCCCACUCUCAAAUCAUGUCUGACCCUUUCAAUAGACUGUUAUUAAAAGGGUCUUAGAGGUACAGGUUAACUCAAAAUUAAAUUCUGUCAUCAUCUGCUCAUGUUUAUGUCAUUUCAAACCUGUAUGACUUUCUUCUUUGGAGCACUUAAGAAUAGAUUCUGAUAAACAAUUUAACAGUUUUAUCCUUACAUUAAAAGACAAUUUCAUCCAAAACAAUCUUUGGACCCCAUUGACUUUCACUGUAUUGCCUGUAUAUUGUGUUCUACAAAACAAGUAGUUAUACAGGUUUGAACAACAUGAGGGUGAAUAAAUGACACAAUUUUAUUUUUGGGUCAGCUGUCCCUUUAAGAAGUACUAUUUACAUAACAUGGUCUGAACAAAAUUACGGAGCUUCGGAUCGAACCAUAUUUCAUUAACUAUUGAAAUUGUAAAGUAAUAACUCGCAAUGCACAGAUGUUUAACUAGUGCUUAAUUAUUCCUAAUAUAGAAUGUAAUGUUGUUUUUAUGUUUAUCAAGUUUGCUGCAUUUCACCUAAUGUGUUUUUGGUGUCUUAAAACAGUAUUUUCUCUUUCUUAACUUUCAGUUGUGUCUUUUUUUUAUAGCCAUCACAUAAAGGCAUGCUGUCACCCUGAUCCUAAUGCAAGGUCAGAGAUGACUAAGCAUUAUCCACAUUUCAUGCUCUAGAUCAUUUAUUGUAUAAACUCUUAGAAUAAUAUCUUUUUUUCUGUUGACACUACAGUUUGUCAUCAUAUGCUGGUGUAAUUAUUAUUUUAAGAUAAUCGCGUGGAAGAUGUAAGCUAAGAACUGUAUUUGUCAUUAAUAAAAAUGUACAGUAAUAUAAAAUGUAAUCAUUGGACAUUUUAGAUUUGGUCAUUUCAUGUUAAAUGCCUUAUAUAUUUCAUGAAUUGCUCUUGUAUUUAGUGCUAUCACAGGGAUUAUAACAGUAAAAAGCAAUUAAAUAUGACUCAUGUAUUGCUGCCACUCCUUUUCAAGUCUCUUUGUGAGCUAAAGUGUCACAGCCUUCAUUGGUGAUUUCUGGUUUUGUGGUCAGAGAGGGGAAUUCUGAUGUGUUUCCAAUGCAAAGCUUUAUAAACUCACUAGGUCUGUACAGCCCCACCCUCUGCAUUCUCCUACUGAGCUCAGCAGCAGCAUUCACAGCACUGCUUUAAAUUCAAUUAAACUAAAUUCUAUUAUCCAGUGACCAGCUUCAAACUCAAUCACAUUGGACAGGCUUGUGUUGUCCUGAAUUGACUCGUCAUAGCUAAUUGUAUUUGGAGAGCUGAAACACUUCUAUUUUCUCUUUGUGAUGCAAGUGUUUACUAAGUAUUGGUAUUCUGCACUAUGUAUUUGAAUGUAUUUUAUUUUAUGAUCUAAAGUAAUUAACUAAAGGCACUAAAAAUGUACAUUUAAAAACAUUUAGUAAAAAUGUCUGAAAUAUCUCUUUGUGUGCUACUGUUAGACAAAUCUGUGCCGCAUUCUGUCUGCCGAGGAAAAAGUGAAUUGUUUAACACUCACACUGGCAUGCUUGAGUAAUUGCGGAUUCUUGAGACGUGGGACAAAACAUUCAUUAAAAAAAAAAAAACAUUUCCAGUUUGAUUAUUAGAGAUGAUUGCAAGAAUGGGUCUACACAAAUGUAAAUCUUAUUUACGUCUUUUUUUUUUUGAUAAUUUGCAAUUUCAAGUUUUUUUUUCUGCAACACCACAAAAACAA